AUGACAGAACCUAAAAAAGAAGCUAUUGAGGCAAUGUCAGAAUGUGGUCUAAGACCAAUGGAGUCUAAUAGGUAUAUGUCAACAGAAACUGACGGAGACGACUGUGUAGGUCAUACGAUGAUUGAUCAUCUAAACUACUGCUACAAGUUAAAAAUGAAGCAAAUUGAUGGCAAGGAUUCACAAACACUAGUGAACAAACUGUAUGACAUACAAUCAAUAGAUCCCGAGUUCUUUUUCAGAGUAAGACUCAAUGCUGAAGGAAAAGUUGAGUGCCUAUUUUGGAGGGAUUCUAUGAUGAGAGAAGAUUACAAAAUAUAUGGAGAUGUUCUAGUUUUUGAUACUACAUUCAGAACCAAUAAGUACAAUCUCAUAUGUGCUCCAUUUGUUGGUAUCAAUAACCAUUGGAAAAACACAAUGUUUGCUUGUGCUUUCAUUGGGGAUGAAACCACAGAAUCUUUCGUUUGGGUGUUUGAAACUUUUCUGAAGGCUAUGGCAGGAAAGCAUCCUAUAUCAAUUUUCACUGAUCAAGAUGCAGCUAUUGCCGCUGGAAUAGAACAGGUUUUUCCUUCUUCAAGACACAGGUUAUGCUUGUGGCACUUGAGUAAAAAUGCAAACAGUAGGUUUGGUUUAUUGAAGUCUGAUAAAAACUUCAAAAACGCAUUCUACAAGUGUUUAAGUGGGUGUAUAACACCAAAUGAUUUUGAAGAAACUUGGAAAUCUAUGAUCAACACUUUUAAGCUAGAAAAAGAUGACUGGUUCAACAGAUUGUAUGGUCUUAAAGAAAAAUGGUGUACAGCUUUAAGUAAAGAUUUUUUUUCUGCCGGUAUACUUUCUUCACAAAGAAGUGAAAGUACAAACCAUGCUGUUGGUUUUAAAGCAAAUAAAAGUACAACAUUAACAGAGUUCUAUAGUAUUUUUCAAGCUACAAUAAAUCGAUGGAGAAAAACCGAAGAAAAAGACGACUUUGACUGUACAAGGGGAAUACCAACUUCAGAGCUAAGUAUGAGUGCUAUAUUAAAACAGGCAGCAAAUGUAGACACGAUAACACUUUUCCGUGAUUUUGAAGAAGAGUUUAAGCUUUCUGUGGCAAGUAGUACAAUGUUCAAGGGAAGUGUAGGAAGAACAGUGUUUUUUGAAGUGUGGAUAGAAGGAAUAACAGGAUCAAGGCAAGAAGUUCAAUACAAAAUGGAAGAUUCAACCGUCACUUGCACAUGCAAAAACUUUGAAGAAUCUGGAUGGUUGUGCUUCCAUUGUUUAAGAAUAUUGCAUUUACAUUCAAUCAAUACAAUUCCAGAUCGUUACAUAACAACAAGAUGGACUAGAUAUGCAAAGAAACAGAUAUGGGAAAGGGUUGAUACAAUAAAAAGGGAGAAAGGUGAAAUCAACAAUUUUACUGGUUGGAGAUUACAUAUGAUCAGAAGAUACUAUAACUUAAUUUUGAAAGGGCAUAAGAUAGCAAAGGCCAGAAAAUUUAUCGAGGAGAAGUUUAAAAUGGAUAAUAAAGCAGUUGAUGAAAUCAUAAAAAAGGAAGAAGAAAGGAAGGCAAAAGAAGAAGCUGCAAAGAUAGCAGAACAAGAAAAGGCAGAAGCUGAAGCACAACGAGAAACACAAGACGGGGAAUCAACUAAUUCUGAAAUAACAAUUGUGCUUGAUCUUGAUCGUGCUAAUACUAAAGGAAAGAGUAAGAAGAGAAUAAAGGGUCAAUAUGACAAUUACAAGCAGCCAUCAAAGAAAGGAAAAAAGAAACACAAAAAAUUUGGAUCCAAGACAUCCAAUAUUCAAUUAUUUACACCUAAAGAACAACUAUAUUAG